GGCACCUGGGCGGCCGGGGCGGCCGCGGCGGCCAGACUCGCGCGAUGGCGGGCGGCGGCGGGAGCCCGUGGGGCCUGGGUCUGCUGCGCACGUUCGACGCGGGCGAGUUCGCGGGCUGGGAGAAGGUCGGCUCGGGCGGCUUCGGGCAGGUGUACAAGGUGCGCCACGUCCACUGGAAGACCUGGCUCGCGCUGAAGUGCCCGCCCAGCCUGCACGUCGACGACAGGGAGCGUGGGGAGCUUCUGGAAGAAGCCAGGAAGAUGGAGAUGGCCAAGUUCCGCUACAUCUUGCCUGUGUACGGCAUAUGCCAGGAGCCCGUGGGCUUGGUCAUGGAGUACAUGGAGAUGGGCUCUCUGGAGAAGCUGCUGGCGUCCGAGCCGCUGCCGUGGGAUCUGCGCUUCCGCAUCAUCCACGAGACGGCCGUGGGCAUGAACUUCCUGCACUGCAUGGCGCCGCCCCUCCUGCACUUGGACCUCAAGCCCGCCAACAUCUUGCUGGACGCCCACUACCACGUCAAGAUUUCCGAUUUUGGGCUGGCCAAGUGCAACGGGCUGUCCCACUCCCACGACCUCAGCAUGGAUGGCCUGUUUGGCACCAUCGCCUACCUCCCUCCGGAGCGCAUCCGGGAGAAGAGCCGGCUCUUCGACACCAAGCACGACGUGUACAGCUUCGCCAUCGUGGUGUGGGGUGUGCUGACGCAGAAGAAGCCCUUCGCAGACGAGAAGAACAUUCUGCACAUUAUGGUGAAAGUGGUGAAGGGCCACCGCCCGGAGCUGCCGCCCGUGUGCAGAGCCCGGCCGCGGGCCUGCAGGGCUCUCCUGCGCCUCAUGGAGAGGUGCUGGCACGGGGACCCCCGCGAGCGGCCCACCUUCCAGGAAAUCACUUGUGAAACCGAGGAGCUGUGUGAGAAGCCGGACGGGGCCGUGAAGGAGCCGGCCCAGGUUCUGGACACGAAGCAGCCACUGGAGCCCGAGAGCCCGAAGCCCGUGUGCACGCCUCUCAAGCGAGCGUCCGCGCCGACCUUCGACAGCGACUACAGCCUGUCUGAGCUCCUGUCCCAGCUUGACUCGGGCACCUCUCAGACCCUCGACGGCCCAGAGGAGCUCAGCCGCAGCUGCUCCGAGUCCCGGCUGCCGUCGGCCAGCAGCGGCAAGAGGCUCUCGGGGGUGUCUUCCGUCGACUCCGCCUUCUCCUCCAGAGGGUCCCUGUCCUUGUCGUUUGAGCGGGAGCCUUCAGCGGGCGAUCUCGGCACCACUGACGUCCAGAAGAGGAAGCUGGUGGAUGCCGUCGUGAGUGGGGACACCAGCAGGCUGAUGAAGAUCCUGCAGCCCCAGGACGUGGACCUGGUGCUGGACGGCGGCGCCAGCCUGCUGCACCUGGCUGUGGAGGCCGGGCAGGAGGAGUGCGUCAAGUGGCUUCUGCUCAGUAACGCCAACCCCAACCUGACCAACAGGAAGGGCUCCACCCCGCUGCACGUGGCCGUGGAGAAGAGGGUGCGCGGGGUCGUGGAGCUCCUGCUGGCGCGUAAGAUCAGCGUCAAUGCCGCGGACGAGGACCAGUGGACGGCGCUGCACUUCGCGGCGCAGAACGGGGACGAGUGCAGCACUCGGCUGCUGCUGGAGAAGAACGCGUCCGUCCACGAGGUGGACUGCGAGGGCCGGACACCCAUGCAUGUGGCCUGCCAGCACGGCCAGGAGAGCAUCGUGCGCAUCCUGCUGCGCCGAGGCGUCGACGUGAGUCUGCCGGGGAAGGACGCGUGGGUGCCGCUGCACUACGCUGCCUGGCAGGGCCACCUGCCCAUCGUCAAGCUGCUGGCCAGGCAGCCGGGCGUGAGCGUGAACGCGCAGACGCUGGAUGGGAGGACGCCGCUGCACCUGGCUGCCCAGCGAGGCCACUACCGUGUGGCCCGCGUCCUCAUUGACCUGCACUCCGACGUCAACGUCUGCAGCGCGCUGUCGCAGACGCCUCUGCACGUCGCCGCGGAGACGGGCCACACCAGCACCGCCCGGCUGCUCCUGCACCGGGGGGCCGACAAGGAGGCGGCCACGGCGGAGGGCUGCACCGCCCUGCACCUGGCCUCCCGGCACGGGCACCUGGCCACCGUCAAGCUGCUGGUGGAGGAGAAGGCGGAUGUGCUGGCCCGGGGGCCCCACCACCAGACGGCACUGCACCUGGCCGCCGCCGCCGGGCAUGCGGAGGUGGUGGAGGAGCUGGUCAGUGCCGACGUGCUCAACCUGGCUGACGCGCAGGGGCUGAGCGCGCUGCACCUGGCCGCCCAGGGCAGACACGCCAAGACGGUGGAGAUGCUGCUGAAGCACGGCGCGCUGGUCAACCUGCAGAGCCUCAAGUUCCAGGGUGGCCGCGGCCCUGCUGCCACGCUCCUUCGGCGGAGCAAGACCUAGCCUGCCGCCCUGGACGCCGGGGCCCCCGUGGGCUUCCUGUCCCAUUGCCGUGUUCACUGUGGGGACAGAAGGACGCUGUGCCGGUCGGCGCUGCCCGCCACGUCUGUGGCCCGGCAGAAUCCUGACCGGGAGGGCCAGCGAGAGGCAGGCGGCUGCUGACUCCGGUUUCGCGAGGGACAUCCGCUGGGCGUGUCCCCCUCUGAGGGCUGUCGGUGGGAGCGCGCUGGGCUGUCGACCCCUCCCCCGAUCGCACGCACGCCGUCAGACGGACGAUGGGUCGGAAUCAUUUCUCUGUGCUCCUCGCUCCCCGCGAGCACCCCGGGGUGGCCGAGCCGUGGCCCGGAGCGGGUGCGAGAGGAGCUGUGUCUUGGAUCCGCAGACCCCGCAGCAGGCAAAAAAGCCUGUUUCGGGGAGUUUUAGUGGAAUCUUUGUCUUACAGACUGUGUUCAGGAAACGGACAUGGUAGAACUGUCACCUUAAACUUGUUAAAAAUACUCAUGUCCUUGGGCUGUCUGGUCCGUGAAGGA